AUGGAAUACAAUGCAAGCAUUUUAUAUAUUACUUAUUUUAUCACAUACAAGUCUGUAGAUUUUCUAUCUACAUGUAAGUGGAUACUAUAAUCAUUUACCUCCAGUAUCCUACUAUAAUCAUUUACCUCCAGUACCCUGGAUGUAGAUUAUUCAAACCAGGUAAAAUACAUAUUGGGUCAUUCCAGAAAACAUCCAUACCCUCCCCCCACGGAGGAAAUAGGAAGUUAACCCUCUACCCUCUUUGGAUGCCCUAAUACAUUUACUAUUAUCAGAAACAAUUUUUCCUCCCCUCCUACGCUCCGGACGGCAGAAAUUUCCUCCAUGGGGGGAGUAUGGAUCUUUUCUGGAACGACCCAUUAUGUAUACUGUGGAUCUGCCAUUGAAUAAAAUAGAGAUAAAUACAAAAUAAUACUGAAAUUGUGUUACUUCAAAUUUUCCAGCCAGUGUGUAGUUUUUUCCAAUAAUUUUUCAAAUAGCCAAAUUUAAAUUAUGGUUACCUGAGUCACUCACAGUGUGCAUGCAUAAUGGAAUAAUGCGAAUCUGAGUCCAGGACACUGUAUGUAUGGGAUGACAUAAUAAAUACAAGCCUAAACUUUUAUUUGUACUUCGAACAGGUGAGAAACUCCCAGAUUUAUGUACUGGUAGUACUACUAUAAAAGUCGAUAAAAAUCCUGUUACACAUGAAGAUCUCGAUAAGUAUGAUCAAGGUAUCAAAGAUGGCACUGGUAUCUGUGAUGAUACUGUUGACCCCCCUAAGAUUAGUGUAUCGGACUGCAGCAUCUACCAGGCGUGCAUUGAUGGUCUUCAAGCAAACACAAUGCUAAAUGACAACAUUGUUAAUUACCUGAUAGGGUAAGUUUACAUUUGUUUGAAGCAAAAGUUCCUGUUGAGUCAUUUUAAUAUAGAAGCCCAUGCAAAUGUACAUACUGUACCUUUAUACUAGUCAUGAUCCAGAUUACUGUAAAUUGUCUAUGUAUUGUAACAAUAACCCACCAUUGCCACAAUUACAUUAGAUAUACCCCAAAUAUGCCUAAUUAGUUACAAUAAAUGUCCUGUCUAAUGCCUGGCAAAUGUUAACUUGGCUAUUGAUGGGUUAACAGUGUAUACCUUUUAUGAACAUGUUCUUUAGGGAAACUCUAUGUAAUUUUCCUGUG